UAAAUACCUACGAAACCCAACAAAGAUUAAGCAUCCAGUUGGGGAAUUUUGAUUCUGCAAUAAUGGAGAUGAAGAGAGCAAUAUGCAGCCUCUGCUUCUUGUUGGCUCUUUUUCUCGCUCUUUCAUUACAAACUGCAGCAACAGAUGCUGUGGAUUCCGCUCCAGCAAUGGCGCCUGCACCAGAACUAACUGAAAAAGAGUGUGGUGAUAAAUGCGAGGUGAGGUGCACGAAUAAUCAUGGGUACCACAAGAUGUGCUUAAAAAUGUGCAACGUUUGCUGUAAAUCGUGCAACUGUGUUCCCAGCGGGCAGUCUGGUAAUGGGGAUGAAUGCCCAUGUUACAGAGACAGAAAGAACCCCAAAGGCAAAUCCAAGUGCCCCUGAAUCAAACUUGGUGUUGUUUCUUUUGGUUUAGUGUUGUUAUCGAAGGAGGUGGAAUAAAUGGGGGUGUGAGGGGAUUCAUGUGCAUUGUCUGCCACCAAACAGACACUUCAAAGGCUGAUUUGAUUUUCUGUUUUUUUUUUGGUUUCUAGCCUGCGUUCAUUGUUGGACACAUCUCAAUGGAGGUUAAGGAUGGAAGA